AUGAAGCUCAAGAGCCUCCUGCUCCGGUAUUACCCGCCAGGAAUUAUGUUGGAAUAUGAAAAAAGUGGACAGUUAAAGACCAAAUCCAUAGACUUGCUUGAUCUUGAUCCCAGUACAGAUGUCAGUGCAUUAGUAGAAGAGAUACAGAAAGUAGAACCUCUCAUCACGGCUUCACGAUCAGACCAGGUCAAACUUUUAAUACAGAGAUUACAAAAUAAACUUGGACAGCACAGCAAUCACAAAUUCUAUCUUUUUAAGGUUCUCAGAGCACAUAUACUGCCACUGACUAACGUUGCACUUAAUAAAUCAGGCUCAUGCUUUAUCACAGGAAGCUAUGAUCGGACAUGCAAGCUCUGGGACACUGCCUCUGGAGAGGAGCUUCACACCCUGGAGGGUCACAGGAAUGUGGUGUAUGCCAUAGCGUUCAACAACCCUUAUGGUGACAAAAUUGCCACUGGGUCCUUUGAUAAGACUUGUAAACUAUGGAGUGUAGAAACUGGAAAAUGUUACCAUACCUUUAGGGGUCAUACAGCAGAAAUAGUAUGUUUAUCAUUUAAUCCUCAAAGCACAUUGGUGGCUACUGGAAGCAUGGACACGACAGCCAAGCUCUGGGACAUUCAGAGUGGAGAGGAAGUGUUCACCUUAACAGGACACUCAGCUGAAAUCAUCUCCUUGUCCUUUAACACAUCAGGAAACAGGAUCAUCACGGGCUCUUUUGAUCACACGGCUACAGUGUGGGAUGCUGAUACUGGAAGGAAGGUAUAUACCUUAAUCGGACAUUGUGCUGAGAUCAGCAGCGCCUUGUUCAACUGGGAUUGCUCUCUGAUAUUAACUGGCUCUAUGGACAAAACCUGCAAGCUAUGGGAUGCUGUAAAUGGAAAAUGCGUGGCAACCUUAACAGGCCAUGAUGAUGAAAUACUAGACAGCUGUUUUGAUUACACUGGAAAGCUUAUUGCAACUGCUUCAGCCGAUGGAACAGCAAGAAUUUUCAGUGCGGCCACAAGAAAAUGUAUUACCAAAUUGGAAGGCCAUGAAGGAGAAAUUUCAAAGAUUUCUUUCAACCCCCAAGGCAACCGUCUUCUCACUGGCAGCUCUGACAAAACAGCUAGAAUCUGGGAUGCUCAGACUGGUCAGUGCCUCCAGGUUCUUGAGGGACACUCGGAUGAGAUCUUCUCCUGUGCUUUCAACUAUAAAGGUGACAUAAUCAUUACAGGCAGCAAAGAUAAUACCUGUAGGAUAUGGCGGUGA